CCUCCCACCGUCGCUGUUGCGCCCAUCGCAGCCCGCACCUCCCCGCAGCCUGUCCCGAUGUGCUGAGCCCGCGCGGCCCCAGACCCGGCGCCUUCCCGGCCGCGCCGCCAUCUGCCCUCGCCUGCCGUUGGAGCCGCCCGCCUCGCAUCCAGGGUAGCCGGCGGGAGGAGAAGCCAGCCCGCCGCCAUGGACAGCCCCGGCGGCGUCACCGACAAGAAGAGGAUUAGCUCGGAACGCAGAAAAGAGAAGUCAAGAGAUGCAGCCCGGUGCCGAAGGAGCAAGGAAUCAGAAGUAUUCUAUGAGCUUGCCCAUCAGCUUCCCUUGCCCCACACUGUGAGUGCACAUCUGGACAAGGCAUCCAUUAUGAGACUGACCAUCAGCUACUUGCGCAUGAGAAAGCUGCUAGAUGCUGGUGAGCUGGAGACAGAAGCCAAAAUGGAGAAGGAACUGAACUGUUUCUACUUGAAAGCUCUUGAUGGAUUUGUCAUGGUUCUGUCUGAAGAUGGGGACAUGAUUUACAUGUCUGAAAAUGUGAACAAGUGUAUGGGACUCACUCAGUUUGAGUUGACAGGGCACAGUGUAUUUGAUUUCACUCAUCCAUGUGACCAUGAAGAGCUGAGAGAAAUGCUUACACACAGAAAUGGUCCUGUGAAAAAGGGCAAAGAGCAAAAUACAGAGCGCAGCUUUUUUCUCAGAAUGAAGUGUACACUGACUAGCAGGGGAAGAACAGUGAAUAUCAAGUCUGCUACAUGGAAGGUACUCCACUGCACUGGACACAUACGUGUAUAUGACACGUGUGGUAAUCAAACUCACUGUGGCUACAAAAAGCCUCCCAUGACAUGUCUGGUGUUGAUCUGCGAACCUAUUCCUCAUCCAUCCAACAUUGAGGUCCCUUUGGACAGUAAAACGUUCCUCAGUCGUCACAGUCUUGAUAUGAAAUUUUCAUAUUGUGAUGAAAGAAUAACAGAGUUGAUGGGAUAUGAGCCAGAGGAACUCUUGGGUCGCUCAAUCUAUGAGUACUAUCAUGCACUGGAUUCUGAUCAUCUGACCAAAACACACCACGACAUGUUCACCAAAGGGCAGGUGACAACAGGACAGUACAGAAUGCUUGCUAAACAAGGUGGCUAUGUCUGGGUUGAAACUCAAGCAACUGUUAUAUACAACACUAAGAAUUCUCAGCCACAGUGCAUAGUUUGUGUAAACUAUGUAUUGAGUGGAAUUGUUCAGAAGGACUUGAUCUUUUCCCUUGGACAAACUGAGUGUAUGCUGAAACCAGUGGAUUCUCCUGAUAUGAAAAUGACCAAAAUAUUCGGCAAAGAUGACUUGGAAGAUACCAACAGCCUAUUUGAAAAACUUAAGCAGGAACCAGAUGCUUUAACUGUGCUGGCCCCAGCUGCUGGAGACACAAUUAUCUCUCUAGAUUUCAGCAGUAAUGAGUCUGAUGAACAACAAUGUGAUGAAGUUCCUUUGUAUAAUGAUGUAAUGCUCCCCUCAUCCAGUGAGAAAUUGCAGAAUAUAAAUAUGGCAAUGUCCCCACUACCUGCUUCUGAAACUACAAAGCCACUUCGUAGCAAUGCUGAUCCUGCACUCAAUAGAGAAGUUGUAUCAAAGCUGGAGCCAAACACAGAGCCACUCGAACUUUCUUUUACCAUGCCUCAGGUGCAAGAGCAACCAACCAGCCCUUCUGAUGCAAGUACCAGCCAAAGUUCACCUGAGCCCAGUAGUCCCAACAACUACUGCUUUGAUGUGGAUAAUGAUAUGGCUAAUGAAUUCAAACUGGAAUUAGUGGAGAAACUCUUUGCAAUAGAUACAGAAGCAAAAAAUCCAUUCUCUACUCAGGAAACUGAUUUAGAUCUAGAGAUGUUGGCUCCUUAUAUCCCAAUGGAUGAUGACUUCCAGUUGCGAUCCUUUGAUCAGCUGUCUCCACUGGAAAGCAGCUCAUCUGGCUCUCAGAAUGCAGCCACCAUUCCCAUAUUUCAGCAGGCUCAGACACCAUCAAGUACUGCUGAUGAAAUAAAACCAGUGACGGAACGUGUGGAUGAUGUGAAGACUUUAAUUGUUCCUUCAUCUCCUGCUCACAUAAUCAAUGAAACGAGUAGUGCCCCAGGAUCGCCUUACAGUGGGAACAAGAGUCGAACUGCAUCUCCAAUCAGAGCAGGAAAAGGAACAUCGGAUCAGACAGAAAAAUCUUGUCCUGGAGCACCCAGUUUGCGAACAGUCACUCUGAAUAAAAGAUCUACUGCAAUGGAUGAAGAACUAAAUCCAAAGAUGCUAGCUUUGCAUAAUGCUCAGAGAAAACGAAAAAUGGAACAUGAUGGUUCACUUUUUCAGGCAGUUGGAAUUGGGUCUUUAUUCCAGCAGGCAGGUGACCGUGGAGGAAAUGCAUCACUUGCUUGGAAACGUGUGAAGGGAUGCAAAACAAAUGGUCAUAAUGGAGUGGAGCAAAAGACAAUCAUUCUACUAUCAACUGACAUAGCAAGUAAACUUCUAGGGCAGUCGAUGGAUGAAAGUGGGCUACCCCAACUCACGAGUUACGAUUGUGAAGUAAACGCUCCCAUACAAGGCAACAGAAACCUGCUACAGGGUGAAGAACUGCUCAGAGCUCUGGAUCAAGUUAACUGAGCUUUCACAAUACUUGUUCCUUUUUUGGACACUGGUGAAUCAUCACCUAAAGCAGUCUAUUUAUAUUUUCUAUAUCUGAUUUUAGAAGCCUGGCUACAGUACUGCACUAAUUCAGUUAGUUCAGUUUUGAUCCCCUUUCUACUUAUUUUGACAGUCUUUUUAAUAUGUUCUUUAUGUAACAAUAACUCAAAACUAUAGUGCGUUUUUAUAAUUCUUUGGUACAUACACUUUUAAGUCCAUUACAUUUAAAACACUCUUGCAAUAGCAGCUUUGAAAUAUGCACCUGAUCUAAAAAAUAUAUGAAUAUUUAUUUUUUUGGCUGGGGAGUUGGUCACCAAAACUUAGUAGUAAAAUGUCAACACAGGAAAAACUGGCAGUACUUCCACCCUGCUUUUCAUAGGUAGUUGGAAGACUUGUGUUCUCUUACUCUUUAUGUUCAAAUAAGUUUUUUAUUUUAAUAGUUUUUAUAAGAUACAACAAUGCUUUGCAGCGGUGCAUUGUAGCCACAAUCGCACAAUAUAUUUUCUUAAAAAAUACCAGCAGUUCCUCAUGCAAUAUAUUCUGCAUUUAUAAAAACUAGUUUUUAAGAAGAAUCCUCUUUUGUUUGCCUAUGAAAUCGUAUUUAAACCUGGAUUAUGUCAUUAUUUUAGUCAUGUUGUAAUAUAAAUUGUUCUUAAAUGCUGUCUUAUGCUUUUGACUUAAAUGAGUGUGGUUAGUCAAAGGAAAGGCUUUAUCUGGAAAGGGCUAGCAGCAUUUUAUUUGGAUUCGUUCUCAAUUUAGGAAAGUUUGAUGUUCUUAAAGUAGUCAUUUUGCCAGCUUAAAAAAAAAAUCCCCUGCCUUGUAGCUAUUGAAGUUAAUGCUAAUAUUGUGUAUGAUCUUAAAUCUAAAUGUUCAGCUUACCCUGUGUGGUAUAGGUGAUAUUUCAAGCAGAUUGUAAAACAUCUUGCAUUGUUAGCAAAAUUUUAUCUAGUACAUCGAGUUGCUCAAUAUUUUGAUGUUUUGGUUUUAUGCACCUUGUUGCUAUUAACAUCCGUAUGUUUUCAUGUAGAUUUCAAUAACUUGAGUAUAUUUAGCAGCCUUUUUAUUUAGAAAUACAUAGUUGUCACAAACAUCUUAAUUUCCUAUAUGUACUGUACAAAACCUUCAUUCACUCAUUCUUUUGCUCUUUGUGGUUGGAUCUAACACUAACUGUAUUGUUUUCUUACAUCAAUAAACUAUAUGUGGACCAGGCCCCCUUGGGGAGUGUGUUAUCUGAGAGAAAUGAGAUAAUUUAUAUUUUUGUUAGUGGUUAUUGUUCAUCUGUGUUCCCUUUUUAAAUUAGAGUUGAUUGGAAAUCACUGCUCCCUUAUUUUGAUUGUAACAUCUCUGUGUUAAUUAUUUUAGCCUAUUCAGUACUGAAGUCUAGACAGUGUUGUACUACCGCUCGCCAAAGAUGUUUAACUUUUAAAUCUGUUAUCACACCAGUUAGCAAACUUUAAAGUGAGGAGACAGCAUAUUUGUGUUACUGCAGAGUGGAAAGAUUCUUCCUUGUGAACAGCUUAAAGGCUCGUCUCUGGAAGCUUUAUCAAGGUAAUGCUGGAAAGCAGGAAAAAGUAAAACUCACAGGAAUGAUCAGGUAGAAGAUUUUUCUCACAAAACUACAUGAUUACAAAAUUAAGCUGGUGCUUGAUAAGUUUGUUCUGCAUUCUUGUGCUCUUGACUCAUAACUUUAAUAAUUAGGUGACUUCUCAUUUUGCUGCCAUAAAACACAAUACUACUGAUAGAACCUUGUCAUGUGUAAGUAUGGUCAAGAUAAUUUGUGCAUUCUUCAAACUACUUUAAAGAUUAUCUCAGUGCAAGACAUCACAUGGAGUGUCACAAGAAUGAUUUUGGUUUUACUUUGAAACUUGGCUUCAUUAGACUCUUGCAAUCAAUAUAACAUUAUAUAAGCUUUAACCUGUUUUUUACAAAUUACUGUUUCACUAAAAUGAGCAGUUUUGAAACUGAAACAACUGUAUUAAACUAAAUGGAGAUUAUUAGCUGCAGCUUAAAGUAAAAGAUAAGGCACUAGUAGCAGAAGAUGGUUGCAUACUUAAAGUUUUGAGUAGAAGUUGCACAUAGAGGAGAAAGCAUGUAGGUGCACUAAGCCAGAGUUGAAGCUUUGUGCAGAGAACAUCUGAAUAUAUAUAUACACCUGCUGCUGAAUACAGAUUUUUAAUGAAGCCUUUAAGUGUACAAAGCUUAUAAAGUUCUUGGGAUGAAUACAGCAGAACUACUGUGUCCCUGCUGUGUAAGGUCUUGGAGAUGAUGUUCUAUCAGCAGUUAAAAGGUUUUAACAGUGAAGUUGCUAAAGGCUUAGGGUAAAGAACCUGCUGGUAUGGGCAUCCCUUCUGCUCAGCUCAAUGUGGAUUGAUGUGAUGUUUCUGUGAGAUAGUCUUGAUAUGUGUGAAAGGUUCAAGUGGGUUCUGCUUUUCUUACUGCCCCAGCAAGUUUUAAGCUGCUUUUGUUUCCAUCUUCCAAGAGAAACUUCAUACCAUCAUGCUUGAAGUUCUUUUGCUACUCUCUUGACCUUACUUUGGAACAGCCUGACUUUAUUGGAUCUGUCAGUUCCUCUUCAGUGUAUUUUAAGAGGGUAGUAAAUUUUCAUAAAGAAAAUCCAUGUUAGAGGAGGAAAAUUUAAGUGACCCACAUGAUUUAUGGUUAUGUGCCUGCUGGAAUCAUCUCUGGUCUCAAUGAGAGCAGUUCUGUAUUUAAAUGAGCCAUGUUUCAUCUAAGAAUCUUCCCAACUGUCAUAUUUUUUUAAUUAUACAUAAAGCAUAGCAUUUUGUUUUUACUGUUCAUGUAAAAGUGACUGAAACAAGCAGUUAAUGGCAUGAACUGCAGUAGCUGUAUUGUUUACUGUUUUGUUUUGUUUACAAAAAAAGCAACCGCCAAACCUCCCAGAGGCACUGAAGAAAAUAUGCAAAAGUAACAGUAAUUGCUCUGGCCUUGAGAGCUUUGCUAAAGGCAGCUGGAAUUUCAGAGAAUCUAGAAGGACACCUUCUAGCUGCCUUGUUUUAAUUUUUUAUAUAUUUUUUUUCUUAGACUCUCAGAAUGCAUGUUCUGAUUCUAAACCUACUUUGGAGGACGAUCUUCCUGGUCCAGUGGAGGGUGUCCCUGCCUAUGGCAGGGGGUUUGGAACUAGAUCAUUUUAAGGUCCCUUCCGACCCAAAACCAUUCUAUGAUAAUACAUUACUUUCUAAAUCUUUUCUUAGGGAUUUUGAAUAAUUUCUUUGAUUUGCUACCUUUUUAAAAUGUUGAGACAGUACAUUUUAGCGCAUUUGUUCUUUGCCAGUAAAGAACUGUAGGUAGAUACAGUGUUUCAUUCUGCAUAUGAAACAUCCUCAAUUAUCAUCUCCACAUAAAGUGAGGAGAUUGUAACAAAAUCAGCUUCCAGAAGAUUACUGUCACUGCAGUAGUAGUCAAGCCCUGAUGGCUUUAUUAAAAGAAAGGAAUUUUAAAACUAGUACUUAUGAUAUCAUUCAUUCCCUUACCUGAAUGUAGUUACUAACUAUGGCUGCAGCUCCCAAGAAGUCAUUGAAGUCUGCUGCCCAGUAACUUGAUCUCAGGUGUAAUACACUGAAUACAUUAAGGAGUCCAAAGUACAGCUUUCUAACAAACAUACCUCCCUCCUGUGUAGUGAGCAAGGCUGGGACUGUGCUGAUCUUUGAAAACCUUCAGGUGAAACAGAAAGAAAUUGCUAUUAAGUUUCCUUUCAUAGAAUAGUUAGGAUUGGAAAGGACUUUCCUGUGUGUCUCUGUCCACAUGUAAUUACUGCAUUAGAGAACCACAAGUUAAGGCUUUUACCUGUAACCCUGGUGACAAUUUAAGACUUAAAAGGUUAUAUUAGAUUAAUUGAUCAGCCCUGCUUCCAAUGAAAUACAGCUUAAAAAUGUCUGAUCAUUACAGGUUAAGAUACUGUAUAUUUGAUAGUUUGGAUUUGUGGGGUUUUUUUUUCAUUAUUUGAAAAAGCUGUUUAAUUAAGCAGCUAGCCAAGGGUAGUGAAAGGCAGAGACAUGGGCUGUCUGACCAGUAUCUGUUGGCAAGCUUUCUCCCCACAUCCACUGUGGACUGAGCUGUUCCCCCGAUGAACAGAGCUGUGGAAGCUGGGAAGUGUGAUUGCCCUGCCACUGUCACCCAUCUGCUCCCAGCCUGCUGAUUAGCUGCUGCUGAACCCAACACAGAUCUUGCACAAACGUCACUGCACUUAAACACAUUAUUCAGACUAAUUGCCAGCAUGAAAAUAAACAUUUCACAGGCCAAGAGUAUUUUGUAAGAAGACCAUUUCCAUAGUAAUUCACAUGAGUUAGGUAUUCAGCUUUCAUUAGAAGUACCAUUAGCAAUUACAGGGACUUGACCCCCUGGAAUGCUUCAUUCUGGAGAACUGUGAUAUAUAUAUUUUUUAAAAAUCCAAAUUGCAGAAAUUAGUUGACAUUUUCCUUCUGCUUCCCUGUUUACCUUGAGCAAGUUACCAAAAAUUAAAAGAGUUUGCUACUGGAUUUAUACAGUGUGGUAGACUUUGUGAAUAAUAGCAGUAUUCUCUCAUGAAGAAGUGGUAUAUUUUAAUGGAAUUCUUUUUUGGAGCCAAGUACAACAUGUUGCAAUUGAUAUUUCUCUUGAAACACUUUGAUGUACUUGUGACUGUAUUUCUUUUUGAUUGUGUAACAGUAUAAAAUUCAAUAAAAGAGGGUUUGUUUCUAA